UCUACUACAGUGACGAACCGACAUGAUGUUUAAAGCUAUAGUAUUGUUUUUGAUGACGAUGUUCAUGCAAAGUUUUCUAACCUGCUUUUUUGACAUGUGCUCGGGAUUGAUGUGCGUGGAAACUGAUCCUGCGUACCACACACUUAUGAUUAGCUAUUUGACUGCAACAGAAAUACCUACAGUGUGUCCAGCUUGGCAUCAUUCAGUAUUGAUACUCGGGAAGAAGUUGUACAUCACCGUUCUGAACCAACUUUUUCAAACACUUGUGUGUCUGUACUUCACCACAUACGCAUGCGCAUGGAAAUGGCACACUCUCGCCCAACAGAGCCCUUGUUUGGGUAGACCUCGCACAUUUACAGGACCCUGAACUUAGUGUUCACAACUUCUACCCCUGCUGCAUUGUGGCCUCAAAACACGACACUCCCCUAUGCACCCUGGACUGAAGAGGCGUCCCUUUAACAAGCUAGUACUCUGGACUGACGAGACGCCCAUUAACAAGCUAGUAAUCUGGACUGACGAGACGCCCAUUAACCAGCUGGCACCCUGGACUGAAGAGACAUCCCAUUAACCAGCUAGUGCUCUGGACUGACGAGACACCCAUUAACCAGCUAGUACUCUGGACUGACGAGACGCCCAUUAACCAGCUGCCAAACUGGACUGACGAGACGCCCAUUAACCAGCUAGUACUCUGGACUGACGAGACGCCCAUUAACCAGCUGCCACACUGGACUGACGAGACGCCCAUUAACCAGCUGCCACACUGGACUGCUGUAAUAAAAUGAGGUGGUCCAGGUGCUCCAAGGUUGUGAUCUGGUUGAUCGUUGUCGUGGUUACCCUCCAGCUCCUCGACUAUGAUUGGAACAUCUUCAACUUAACUCGUAACCGGCCUUCCAGGCCGAACCUGCUGAGUACUUCUGAUUCAGGGUCAAAGUCGACAUUACAGGUGAAUGUCCCAGUGGUCCAUCAAGGUCAUCACACAAACAAGACAUCGGUUAGAUUUAUUGAUCUCCCAUUGAGUACACCAUUUGACCUUGACCUUCGCGUGAUUGUUAUCACCUAUAAUCGUGGGAAUUCUGUUCUGAGAUUGUUGAACUCGUUAAACGAGGCCGAUUAUUUAGGUGACAAGGUCGCCAUUGAUGUUUGGAUCGAUCGUUCCAAGGAUGGUGUCAUUCAUGAGGAGACCUACGCAAAGGCCAGACAGUUUAAAUUCAAACACGGUAUCAUUAAUGUUCAUAACCAGACGCAGCAUGCUGGGAUAUAUGGCCAGUGGAUGAAGACUUGGAAUCCGUCAUUGGACAGUAAAGAAAUCGCUGUGAUACUGGAGGAUGAUUUGACAGUGUCGAAAUAUUUCUAUAAAUGGUUAAAAAAUGUUCACGCGAAGUACGAUUCAUUGUUGUACAUCAACGGUUUCGCACUUCAGGGUUACAGCAUGAAACACGGAGGAGGACCGGGACAGCUGCGAGCUCCAGACGAAAAUAUUGUCUUCAUGUAUCCGAUUCUGGGUACGUGGGGAUUCUCACCAAGUCGAGAAAAUUGGAUAAAAUAUGUGAAAUGGUAUGAUAACAUGUCGGAGGUAUCAGGUUUUCACCCAACAGUUGCAGGCAUACUGCCGACACUUUGGUAUAAUAAUUUCCUGAAGCAGGGGAAGACCGGGGGUAUGUGGUCCAUGUGGCAUGUAUACCACGCCUGGAAGUUCAAGGAACGGUCAAUCUACCCAAAUCUCCCGGGAAAAUGUGGACUGACCAUCAACUGGAAAGAGGCUGGACUUCAUUACUCUAAAUCGCAAACCGUUACGGAGAAUAAAGAUCCAAUACUGACGGCGUGGGAUGGGAAAUUUGAUAACUUACCAGAUGUACCUAUCCACCUUAAUGUUAAUGGUAAGGUGUGUCCCAGAGAUCGAUAUCUGUAGUCUGAUCACAUUGUUAUAGGUCAGUGAUAUAAAAGGUGUUCAAUUAUUGUUUGUACCAGCCAUUGAAACAACAUUCCAUGCUUUCAUUGUCAUGUAAGUAGUUUUAGGUUUUUGAACAGAAUCUCAAGUUUGUCCCGACAAAAUAUUGGAAGAGAGAUUUCAUAAAGGUGUUAAUAAAAAAAUAUUUUUCUUUUCUCAUAACACGAUUCAAAUCAAAGGAAAAUAACCAAAUUGCAUUAAUUUAAUUAUGUAAAACGAAAAGUUUAUGAUAAGACUUGUAUCAAGGAUGUAUUAUCUGUGAUGUAAGCCUGAUGUCUUUAUUAAACCCCGUCCAGCAGGGGUCUAGAAAAAUACUCAUUCAGCCCUCGUGGACAAGUAAAAAAAACAAAUUCUGAAACCCAGCUUGAUCCAAUCUUCAUUUUACGCAAUCGCCAAACUGUACUUUCAUUUUUUACUGUUGUAUCAACAUUAUCAAAUAAAUUUGUCAGACAUUUAAUUUAUUAUAAAUUCUGGAUAUGCAGACGAAAAAUAUACUUUGAAAACAUCAACUAAUAUUAAGUGAAUUCAGAUAAGAUGUUCGCUAAUUCAGACAAUGACUAUUUUAGGUCUCUAGUCCUGUGUCUAGUUGUUUGACAAGUUUUUCCAGACCCCUGCAUCUAACCUGUCCCACUUCAGCACUUCUAGAGGCUAAACGGAGUGUCUAUAUAGUAUGUCUUAUAUGGUAGCCGAAUUGACAUGAAUCGAUGAACGUGACAGAGUUCAUAUCCUACUGGUCAUUGAAGCAUCACAUAUAAACACUUACUGGUUGUGCUAUAUGAAUCUUUUCUCAACUCAAAACAUCAUGUUUAAGGAUCCCUGUCCCACUGAAGGCAAAUCACCAGAAACAUUUCCUGUAGUGUUUUGUACAUGGAGUAACGCCCACUUAAAGUCAUUUUGGAUAUAUUUGUAGCAUAACAAGGCCAGUGUACUACUGAUAACUGAUUACCAGCGCCGUUUUUCGUUUAUCGUGUUCCAAAAGGUUGAACCGGUUGGACCAGAAUUGUUCGUUUAGUAAAUAUAGUCGGACCUAGUAUUCUGAUGCCACUUUCAGGCGAACCUUGUCAAAGUCAUGCAAGGCCGGCAUCAACAUUUCCAGGAUUUAUACCCGAAAAUGUCACAUUUAAAAACGGACGUACCAUUUGUUCUGCAUAAACGAACAGGCCCAGAAAGCUAAGCUGGUUAGAGCCACAGGACAAUGAUCAGAGGUCGGUGAUUGAAUUGUGGUCGUUAAGACAUUUGAUAGAAUACUUUACUCUUGCUGUAUUGUAAUCGCUUUGUGCAGUAUAUUUCCACGGCGGUGUACAAAUAUACAUUUUCCUAUCUACUUAUAUGCAGGCAAAUUUUGAAAAAUUCCACAUGCUUGACCUAUAUUUGAACAGUAAUUAUUAAAUAUUUUUACUAGCCUUGACAUUAACCCUAUCAGCACUGUAGACCAGAUUGGGUACACCCAGAUCAAUGCCUGGUAGAGUCUACUCAAGUUACCUAGGGAUGAAAGGGUUAAACCUAAUAAUUGGGCUGCAUAGAUCAGGCUAAUUGAAAUGUAAACUAUGUAUGCUUGCAGGGACAUGCAUAUUUUUAAUCAACGUUGACACUUUUGAUCAUGUGAAAUAUUUGCUAUAUCAGUGUCAGAUUAGGGUUAACAUCUAUGGUAAUGGUUGUACGGUGAGAUAUAAAAUCUCUGAAACGGUAGGAAUAAUUGAACUGAAUGUCUUAAUGCAGAGUGUGUAACAAAUUUAUGAUAAUGACCUUUGAAUUGUUACAAUAUUUCACAAUAAUAGUUGCCAUUACUGUGAUUGUCACAAUAUAGGUUGUACAAAUGUAUUAAAAGUGAUAAAUGUCUAUUAUUAAUACACCUUGAGUAAAAUUAAAAUAAAUGAUAUUUUUCACUCCAAGAACUUUCAUUGUUUUUCAAUGAAAGAAUUGAAAAAAGGAAUGUUUACUUGAUAAUUUGAGAUUUUACGAUGAGAGAUUUUACGAUGAGAGAUUUUACGAUGAGAGAUUUUACCAUUUGAGAUACCUUUUUAAACGAUUUUUACGGUAUGAGAUUUGCUAUUAAUUUACAGGAUCCCAUGUUUUACCUUCUGUUAGUAUUGUUUAAAUGUAGUCUUGUGUUUUCUUUAAGUUUUAUUCUUUCUUUUCAGUAUUAAACAACUAAUUUUUUAACUGAAAAUAAUAGCAUCCAUCUUAAAUCUUCUUGACAUUGUUGGACAAACUCAUUUAGUCACAGAACAUACCAGUGUGUGCCAGGAUGUAUGAAAAAUGCUUGAAAUAAUUUUCAUUAUUUUGAUCUAAAGUUUAGGGACAUAAAAAGAAAAUGAUGAUAUGGUUUGGAGCAAAACCAUUCUACGCAAUGCUUUGCUGAUUCUGUAUUUGUGUUUUUAAUGGAGAAAUGUUCCUGCUUUUUAAAUGAUAAGAAUAUACAUGUAUCAGUAUUGCUUUAUUCAGAGUUCAACAUUGCUGUUUUAUGUAAGGAAAACAGAGAAUUUGUUAUUGAGGUUGGUAUCUUCUGUUUGAGCUAGAGAUUUUGUUUUAUAUAUCAAUGGCUGAGCAUUAACUAUAUAUAUCUGUUUCACCAUAAUGAUGAAGUAAAUAUUGCAUUCAACCUAGAUUCUCACAAGAUUAUUAUUUUUCUCAAGCUAAUGUAUUUGUUAUUAUCACUGCAACUGUAUAUAAGCAGUACAAUUCAGCUGAAAUUCUCACAAACUAAAUUAAUAUGGUUCUGAUGACAGUUGGCCUAGCCAUCCGAAACAUGUAAACUAAUAACACAUACAGUUACAGAAACCUUGGUGUUGAUGCUCCAUCACUUAUCUACUUUUAUUACAUAAUGUACUGUGUUAUCCAGUAAAUAUACCCAUGUCAUAUUUUUUUGCAUAUUAAUAUGACCAAUCAGCCCUGUGAUCGGUUGUAAGCUUCAAUUGUUUCAAUUGUGACGUCAUGCCUAGGACAAGUACAUGACGUCACAGACUUACGCACCUGAGUCAAAAUGGUGGUUUGCAUGAAAAUUGUCGUUUUACAUGAAUAAUGCCACAAAUCUUGAUUAUGUGAUAAAAAGGAUCUUACACUCGUUUUCAUUUCGUAUGGAAUUUAUGAAACUCGUCACUAAUUCUUCAACUUAUAAAACAUACAGUUACGUAUACAGAAUCCUUGGUGUUGAACCUCCAUCUCUUACCUACAAAAAAAUAAACAAAGUUAACUUGUAUCCAUCCUUUACAUUCUGACCUGGAUCUGUGUAUGUGUUAUGAUUGUAAAUUGAUCUUGCCACUAUUUGCUAUAGGAGUUCCAUUUUUAUUUACCAUGUUGAUUAGUAGGCCUACUUCGUAUUAUAUACAAAGUAGCCCUACUUAUCAACACGGCAAAUCAAUAAUAUUAUUCCAUUCUUUUGUUAUGGUUUUAAUUUAUAUAGUCACGUUUCACAGCAUUGCAUGUAUUAUGCCAAACAUAUAUUUGAGUCAAUUUUGAAGGAGCUUUAAACAUGUAAAAAAAAUUUCUGAUGUAUUUUGUUAGUCAAUGUUUUUGCUAAUAUUUUAGUCAUGUUCGGUUAGCUUCAUUGUAAACUAAAAAAUCAUAUUUAUUUAUUGGCAGAGCUUGUUAAAAGGAAAAGUUUUAUGAUUUUUUUCAUAUUGAUUCUAUACAAAAUCAAAACUGAUAUAAAAUUCUAUAUACAAUCAGCAUUUACUGUACAAAAUUGUAUUUUAAUGGUUUAUUGAUAGAGUCGAUCAUAUGUAGGUAUGUGAGAUAAGGAAAUUCUACCUGAGGUUGUAUGAUUUCAGAACCAAGGCUUUGCCGAGGUUUUAAACCCAAUUUCCACACCCAAGGGUAGAGUUUUCAUGUUCCACAUACCAGCAUAAUGAUAGGCUCUUUUUCUCCCACUUCUUACUCAAUAAUACUGUGAGUGCAGCAAGAAAUAUUUACAUUUCCACUGCACAGAGCCUAGAUGUUUCUACUGGGCCCAAUGUACGUUAUUUCCGUAUAACAUGCGUUGGGCCAUUGUGACGUCGCUACGCUUAUGACGUCAUAACUGUAACGUUGGAGAUUGCACUGCUCCACUGUCAACUGGUGACUGUUCUCUGUAUGGAUUUACCCUGACGUUGAAACGUGUUCAGACUAAUAUUAUGUCUUUAUUUCUGCGUGAACUGUAAGUUGAUCAACAUAAAAUGUAAAUAUAAGUAUUGGUUGUCAUAUUCAAUAUGUAGGUAAGCCAAUGUAUGUUACACACCAAUGCAUGUCAAAAAUAUGACAACCACUCCUUAAAUAUAGUAGAUUUUCUGGACACCAUACAAACUUACCAAGAACAUAUUUUGAAAUAGCAGAAAAUUGUAAAGUUGCAGAUCCACCUGUCCAGGGUUAGAGAAAUGUGUUUCUUUUACCCUGGUCAGGGAUAUCCACCAUUUUACCGGAAUGAGAUUUUCUUAUCUCACCCUAGGGUUGAGACAAGCUACACGUGUUCUUUGCACGUUCUCAACAAUUGUAUGACGUCAAAGCAACAAUACCAUGACGUCACGGCAACAAUACAAUGACGUCAUGUCGACAAUUCAGCCGCAUCACAUCAACAUUAUCUUGCAUUGAUGUAACGUCUAUGUAAAAUACAAGGGAAACAGGGUAAGAGAAAAAUAAUCAUUCACCCCCUUGGGAGUGAGACGAUGAUCUCAACCCUCGGGGUAAGAUUCUUAAGCUGUCAAACACUUGGCAAGCCUCGUCCAGGGUUAGAGAUGUGUAUGUUGCUGAGGUGGGAGAAAAUGGUAUUUAUGUUCAUGUCAAGUCAUGCUGAAUGUAUAAUGGUGAUUUAAAGUCUUUUUUGUUUAACAUGAGUAACUAACACUUUUAUCCAUAUGUUGUAUAGCGCUUUAGAGUAAUUUUACAAAUUAUAUAUUAUGAUAAGUUGUUUUUUUAACAUUAUGAUGUCUUGUUCGAGGAGAAUUUAAAUUUUUAAAGUUGUAAAAGAGUGUUUUAAGGUCACCUGAACCUAUUUUUUUGUGUAUUUUUGUGACAUGGCAAGUAAUAUACAGAUUAUUCCUGUUUUUUUUAACUUCAUGUCUCGCCUUUGAAAUCAAAUCUAUAUUGCAUAACUAAGGUACAGACCAUUAAGGCCCCUUGGGCCUCUUGUUUAAACAUUUUCACCGAUAUGAGCAAAGCAGUACAUAGAUUUCAGAAUUUACCGAAAUCUGUGUAGGUCUUAGAGGUCAUCGAGGUCAUUUGCUGAUUGACCUGUGUAAAUGCAGGUGACCUAGCAGGUAUGUUAUGUAUAAGGUGUUUUAUGCUGUAUUGAGGGUAAAAAAGGAUGUAUAAGAAGAAGGAAAAAAGUGGCAUUAUGUAUAUAUUGGCUGUAUGGGAGAUAAACAAAUAGAAAUAUCUGUAUUGGUUGUGCAACUCUACUAUAUAUCCCUACUGUAGAAGUAGAAGUUCAUUAUAAAACAUUCAUUAUGAAACUUUUCAACAUCCAUUCCUGCACCUUAGCAGACUGGCUAUUCUUUCUUGCCUUAUUCCCACUUGCGUCAAUUUCAAUUUAUUAUGACUUGAUUUUAAAACCAAAAGGACAAUAUAAAAAGUUAUGAAAUGUAGCUUUGAAUAUAAAUUUUAUCAACAGUAAACUUAACUAAAGUGGCAUUUAUGGGUGUAUGAAUGCCAAGUUUAAUCCUGACAAACUUUUCACACUAUCACACUGUAAUCAAACUGUGAAAUAUGUAUGGUAUUCAAACACCCAUGAAUGCCACUUCAAUGAGUUCAUUACUUAAUAAGGGGGCAUUUCAUUAUGGUUUUACUUUAUGUAUACAGGGAUUAAACAUAUUUUGUUUUGAUAUUAAUGCCAGCAUGAUUGCAGAAUCUUAACAUCCAUUUUGUUAAAUUAUGAACUGGAAAACAUGAACGAUUCAUAUCUGAUAUGAAUGCCAAUGUAGUUAUUAUAUAGUGGGCCAUGAAAUGGUGAAUAUGAUGUAUAGGUAUGUUACAUUUUUAUACAGUUAACUGUGUCUUGGGAGACCACUCAGUCCAAAGACCCGGGCCCGUAUUCAUAUGAAACCAUCCUCAUGCUCAAGCCUGGAUGUUUUGCUCAAGCUUGAUUUCUUGUUUCAGUCAUAAAUUAUUUUAAAAAAAUGGAUUUUGUGAAUGAUUUGGAAAACAACUGAAGAUACUUAAAGCCAGAUACUGUAUUAAUCUUAACAUUGACGUUUUUGAUUGUUUUACAUGAUUUUAGUGAGUUACCAGAAAUCUGGUUUUAACACAGAAUCCAUGAUAUGCUUGAGCAUACGAACAAUUUCAUGACUACAGACCCAGAUCUACUAGUCCCUAGUCUUGUGAAAGGAAGUUUUACAAAACUCACAAUAGAAUUGAAACUUUCAUAAGAAACUUUUAUGAAAGACCAUUAACAGGGUUUUAAAGUAAUGGAUGGCUAUGUACUGACCAAUGAUGAGUUCUUGAUAAGGGAAGUAACUCUAAACCAGAACAGACUUCUUUUUGUUGCUGUAUAUUAUGUUUAGGAGAAUAUUAUAGUCGGAAAAACCCAAUUCCGAUUAUGACUAGUGUAGUGGUGCACUCCCGAAAGCUCUUGUUUCUUUAAUUUAAAAUAAAAUAAAAAUGGUAUCAACUCUCUUUUGGGAAAAAAAGUUUCCUUCAGCUUAAGUGUGGUAUCUCAAGACAGGGUUAAAAUAAGUAUGCAGUUUUAUGUACAUUAACUCAUUCACCCCUGAAAUUUCAUAAUGAACUAUUUCAACCUUUUAGUUGGAGGAGUUUAGAUGUGUCUUCAGGGGGGAAGGAGUUAAUGUUGUCAGCUUAUACAACGCUUACAGUGUUCAGACACAGCUUAUUUGUCAAUAAAAUGUGUAUAAAUUA